AUGGCAGAUGACAAUAAAGAUAAUGAUAAUGAAAUAAUAUUUACACCAAAAAAUAUAAAACAUUGUGAAGAAAAAUCAAAUAAAUUCUUUAAUGUAUUAUUAGCAAACAAAAAUAAUUUUAAUAAAAAAGAGUGUAAAGAUGCAUUCGAAGAUUUAAGUCAAUGUUGUGAAGCAUCAAAUAACUUACCAGAUCCUGUUGAUAAAAUUCACCCAGCUGUCAAAUUAUUACAACACUGUCUUCCAAGAUUAUUUACAAAUGAUUUACCACGUGAACGUACUAUUAUUGCAGAUACUUUAGCUUAUUUAAUGCCAAAAGUAUUUGAUCCAGAAGAUGAUGAUGAAGAUGAUUAA